CCAAGCUAACCAUCAACCCGCAGCCCUUUCUCUUCUCCAAACAAUACAGAAAUGCGUUCCAUUUUUGCCGCCUCGUUGGCCGUUUUGUGCCUCAUUGCUGCCGCUUCAGUGUGCAACGGUUUCCCCCAGGAUCUGGCGGAUGAAGUCCAAUCGUUCGCCAACAGUCUAUUCGACGAACUGCCGGAGGAAUCGUACCAGGCUGCCGAACAAAACUACCGCCUGAAGCGAGCGACCUGCGACCUGCUGAGUGGAUUCGGUGUCGGGGACAGUGCCUGCGCGUCUCACUGCAUCGCUCGCGGUAACCGCGGGGGCUACUGCAACUCGAAGAAGGUCUGCGUUUGCAGAAACUGAACCGUUCGUUUGUUUGUACUAAGAUAUUAAUAAUAUAAAAUACAAUGUUCCUAUUUGAGACCAAUGCCACAGUAAAGCAAAGGAGUAAAUAAAGAAAUC